AUGGGAGACGAGCGUAAGAAACGAAAGGCAGACGUCGCAAAGGGUAUUGCAGAAUUAAAAAUUUGUGCUCAUGGAGAAUUUGCUGGAUUAACAGAUGUAUAUGGUUGUGUUGAAUUUAACGUCAAUAAGAAUGAUACUACUAUACGUCCUUCAGAAUAUAUAAGAUUAAGUCUUAAAACAAAUGCUGAAACAGUUGUGAAAUUUAUGACACAAUAUUGGAAGUUGAAGCAGCCAGAUUUAAUUAUAUCUGUAACGGGUGGAGCAAAAAAUUUUGAUGCAUCAACAAUACUCAGAAAAAUGUUUCCAAUGCAUUUGGCUGAUGCUGCUAUUAGAGCGAAUGCAUGGUUAAUUACUGCUGGAAUAAAUGUUGGCGUUGUCAAAGAAGUUGGCGAAGCUCUUAAGUAUUAUUGUUCUUAUUAUGGGAAACAUAGAUUUGAUGUUCCUUGUAUUGGUAUUGGAAGUUGGGGUUAUACAGCAGGAAAUAGACAACUUGAUAAACCAACACUAGAGGGGCAUUCGCUUGAACAUGAACAUGAUGUACCGCAUAGAUUUUUUUCGUCUACUAUAAAUCGAAUAAGACAUGAUUCUAUUACAGUAGAAAGAACUGACCAAUAUCUUGUUCAAAGUUAUGACAUUCACAAGAAUGAACCCGGUCAAUGUUAUUUAGAACCAAAUCAUACACAUUUUUUAUUAUUUGAUGAUGGAACCACAACUCAUGAUGCUGUUAUUCCAGUGCGAGCAAAAAUUGAACAUUGUCGUGGUACAUCAUCGAUUCGUACCGUAUGUGAAGCACUUAAACAUGACACUCCAGUUGUAGUGCUCAAAGAUUCAGGUCGUGCUGCCGAUCUUAUUGCUAAAUUGCAUGCUUGGUAUUCUGAUCAUGAAACAGAUCAUAAUAGAGUUAGCAGUGCACGUUCUGUAGAUGGUGAAAUACAUGAGAACAUCAUCAGUAGAGUACAUUCUAGAAGACCCCAAAUCAGCGCUUCUGUAAGAGGUUCAAAAAAAGAAAACGACACAGACAUUGUAAAGGCAGCUAGCAGUGAAAUUAAAGGUCUUGAUGCCGUUGAGGGCGAACUACGUCAAGUAUUAAAACAAUGCAAACAUCUUGUAACAUCUUUAAAAAUCGAUCUUAAUGAACCGCAUGGCGAUUUUGAAAAUGUCUUUUUAGAAUAUUUAUUUAAUGCUAGAAGACAUUCUAUUAAUUCGAAAGAACAACGUAGUCCAAUAGGAGAACUUAAAUUAGCAAUUGCUUGGCAUAGGUUCGAUUAUGCCCAAAACUAUCUUAGUAAUGAGAGAAGAUCUGAUUACAAGAGACGAGGAAAUCUGCGUGUUCUUCUUGUUGAAGCACUAUAUCAUGGUGGUACUGAUCAUGUUAAAUUUCUUAUUGAAUUCGGUGCAAAGCUUGAAGUAUUGACACAUGGAGAUCUGAAAAGACUCUAUACAAAAAUUGGAAUUAGCAAUCAAUUACCGAUUAAAGAUAAAGAUAAACUGCAAGAUAAAGAUCAAUAUUACUCGGAGUAUCUGGGUCCGAUUGGGUAUUCCAAAUCGCCAAAUUCAAAUGAUGACGAGCAACUGGCUACAAGUGUUCUAGAAAAUUUAUUUUUGUGGGCCUUGUUUUUCAAUCAAUUUGAACUUGCAGUAUACCUUUGUUCUAAAAUUCAGGAUAUAAUACCAAGACUUUUAUUGGGGGCAUAUAUCUAUCGACACGCAGCAACAUUAACAGUCGAUAUAGACAUACAACAACAGUACAAUAAACAUGCUGAUCAAUUUGAUAAAUCUGUUGCAUCGAUCAUUGAUCUAUGCUAUCAUGAUGAUGAUCAAUUCGCUCUGGAUCUUCUUUCAAAGUCUCCCGAUGUUACACCUAAUUGUACCACAUUAGAAUUAGCUCAAAAGGCAAGAUGUCAAUCAUUUCUUGCAUCAAGAUGUGUCCAAAGAUAUCUUGAUAAUUCAUGGUAUGGGUAUAUAAACUACAAACGAUGGGAUAUUAAUUUACAAAUAUUUAUUUAUUCAUUAUUAAUUCCAUUGACUCCAAUACUUUGUGCUCGUUUGGAUUAUGUAGAAAAAUCUGAAAGUGGUACUGAUGAAGUAGACAUUACUCAAUACCGUGUGAUGCAAAAUACUCCAAAAUCGAUUCCUUAUCGACGAAAACACGUAGUCACGUGGUGGUAUAAAAUAAAACAUUUCUAUCAGGCACCUAUUGUACGAUUUUAUUAUAAUGUGAUGAAAGAUUUAAUCUUUUUCAUUUGUUUUAUUCUGAUAUUUUUAUUCGCAUUUUCAAUAGCAUCUUGGGCAUUGAUUACUACAAAUAGUCAAGUUUAUUGGCAUUAUAGUAGUGAUGGAUCUCUAUCGAAUGUAACAGUGUCAAAAAAUGGUAGUGGAUUGUGGACAUGGCGCAUAAUACGCAAUGUAACAAAUUAUGGCGUCUGGAAAAUUUUUGGACAAGUAGAGCCUAUUGAUGAUUUAGAUGCAUACUCGAGUACAGCAUUUGUGUUAGAUAUAAUGUUUGUUACUAUUGCUAAUAUCAUUCUCCUUAGUGUUCUUGUUGCCUUAUUCAAUGUGACAAUUACGCGUGUUGAAGAACAAUCUAAACAAGUAUGGGGUUAUCAUCGGUUUCUACUUGUAAAUGAAUAUAAAUCUAAAGUUUCACUGCCACCACCAUUUAGUAUAUUAAAUUAUCUAUUUCUUAGUGGCCAAUGGCUAGCGAAAAAACUACUACGAUGCUCAAGAUAUUCAUUGAACGACAAAAAGGCUGAAGAAUUUACGGAUAAAAUUCAAGAUAAAAGAAAAAUACAUAGUGACUAUUGGUGGCAUAAAUUAAGGCAUGAAAAAACCGUUCAAAUUGAAGCCUCAUUAAAAGAAAUUGAGCCAUAG